CCCCACCUCUCCAUCCUCAUGUCCUCAAAACCGGCGAAAAGGGAACCGGGUCUACGACAACUGUCAAAGAGUGGCACUUUUACUCGCGAGGGUGUCGGCUCGUCAGCCCGCGCGUUAGCAGCGCGCGCGUCGCGCACGCCGCGUGCCCGCGUCCCGUCUCCUUCUCCUCGUCCUCGGACAUCGCGGCGACGGCUGGCAAGAGCUGGAGGAGGCUCAACCCCGCUCCAUGGCCCCGUGGCCACGGGCUGCUGUUGCUGCUGCUGCUGCUGCCGGCACCGCCGCCGAGGCCCCGAGAUCGAAGAAGUGGUGCCGCGAUCGGCGCGGUAACGCCGGCCGCACGCACCUCUGCGUUCCUGCCACGGAUUCAGCCAAACUCCAGCCUCGACGCCUGCGUGCACCGUCUCGCGUCUACUUCGUCGUCUUCUGCGACUCGUCCUUAUAGCCAACGCGCUCUGUCGUCUCAUCCCGCUCCUCGUGUUCCGUCUCUCACUCUCUAUCUCUCAAGUCGCUGCAACGCGAUCAACUUUGAAACAAACAAACAAAAAACGUAUGCGCAGCGCCGCUGCUUUGCCGAGGACGCGUGCUGUGACUGACGCCUUCGGUUCUGCUCAAGCGCCGGGAGGUUGUCUUUUAAAAGUCUCGGGGCUCCCGCUGCGUGCCAGUCCGCACGAGGCGCAGACAAAGGUGAACUGCCCUGGAUAAAGAGCGGCUUGCAGGCUCUGCGAUGCUGGGCUGGUGCUCAUGGAGCAGGCGAGCGACGUCGGUCGCCGUGAUCAUGCUGGUCGUGUGGGUUGGGACGAUGGGAGGUGCAGCACGAGCUCCCCCUAAGGUGUCGGGCCGCGUGGUCGGCAGGCAGAGCGUGCGCGUGGGCCGCACCAUCCGCCUGCCGUGCCCCGUGACGGGCGACCCGCCGCCGCUCACCAUGUGGACCAAGGACGGGCGCACGGUUCACGGCGGGUGGACGCGGCUGCGCGUGCUGCGCCACGGCCUCAAGAUCGAGGAGGCGGAGGUGGACGACGCCGGAGUCUACGUGUGCAAGGCGGCCAACGGCUUCGGCAGCGUCAGCCUCAACUACACGCUCGUCGUCAUCGCAGACGAGAGCGAGACGGCGAAAACCGAGGCCUCGCAGGCAGAAAAUGGGGACAGGGCGGCAGCAGAGCGAGAAGCCGAACGCAAGCUGGGAAGUGAGUGCCGUUGGCGACGCUCGACCUCUGCCAAGCCCCGCUUCACGCAGCCGUCGCGCAUGCGGCGCCGCGUGCUCGCCCGGCCCGCGGGAAGCUCCGUGCGACUCAAGUGCAGCGCCAGCGGGGAGCCGAGGCCCGACAUUGUGUGGCUCAAGGACGACCGGCCCAUCGCGAGGCCCACCCCAGCGGCGGCGGCGUCUCACAUGGCAGCAUCUGGCCGGGGUGGCAGGCGGCAGCAAUGGACGCUCACGCUCAAGAGCCUGCGAGCCGAGGACAGCGGCCGCUACACGUGCCGCGUGUUCAACACCGCAGGAGAGAUCAACGCCACGUACCGCGUCGAUGUCGUGCAGCGCCUGCGCUCCAAGCCAGUGCUGACGGGCACUCACCCGGUGAACACCACAGUGGAGAUGGGCGGCACCACCUCGCUGCAGUGCAAGGUGCGCAGCGACGUACGGCCUGUCGUGCAGUGGCUCAAGCGUGUCGAGCCCGGGUCGGAGCGCCACCACAACGCCACGCUCGACGUGGGCGGCCAGCGCUUCGUGGUGCUACCCGCGGGAGAUGUGUGGUCGCGCCCCGACGGCUCCUUCCUCAACAAGCUGGUGAUCGCGCGAGCCCGCGCGGAGGACGCCGGCAUGUACAUCUGCCUGGGCGCCAACACCAUGGGAUACAGCUUCCGCAGCGCCUUCCUCACCGUGCAGCCCGACCCAAGCCGGCACCCCGCCCCACCGAGCCCACGCCCGGCCGGCUCGCUGCCGUGGCCGGUGAUCGUGGGGAUCCCCGCCGGCGCCUUCUUCAUCGUGGGCUCCGUGCUCCUGUGGCUCUGCCAGAGCCGCAAGCCCAAGGCCUACGGAGUGGACGCCGAGGACGGCGCAGCAGCCGGCGGCGGCGGCAACGUCGGCGCAUCGUCAUCCGCCACAUCGUCCGGGCGCUUCCAGCGCGACCGCGCGCCCGAGAAGAAAGCGGCCGCGGCGGCCGCGGCGGCCGCGGCGCACGAAGACCUCACCAAGCUUGCACCUCCGUCUCCCUGCCUGCCGCCGGUGCCCGGCUCCCUGCAGCCCCUCGGCUUGGGGCUGCACGCGGCGCCUCUCGUGCCGCCGCACCACCAGCACUACCACCACGUGCUGGUGCCUGCGCACUCGAGCAAGGCCCACACGCUGGGCCGGGGCGGACACGGCAAGGCGGCCGGGGGCGGCGGCGUAGGGGCGGACGUGCUACACACGCAUACGCACACGCACGUGGAAGGGAAGGUGCACCAGCACCACUACACCUACUACCAGUGCUAGUGCUGCGUGGAAGGAGCCAGCUGACGACUGCCAUGAACUGAGAAUUGAGGUUCACGAGCACCCGCGCAAGCACCGGAUACAUUAAGAUAACAAUAAUAAUAACAGCAACAGCGGAGAUCGUCCCCCAAUCUUCUCGGCCCGUGUUGAAAGCUGGGGAAAGUGUCAUUAGCGAUCGCCCGUUAUGGCCAGGGUGACGAACGAGGUGUGGCCAGCACACUUCGUUCAGAGUGGUGUGGCUAGCACCGCUUGCACACUGCCCCUUUUCCUGCCCACCUGCGCACACGGCUCUGUGUUCAUUCUCACGCCGAGUUCACCUAGAUCCUGAUAUAAAGUGCCAAUGAUUUAUGUUGAGGAGUCACAAAUGGGUGGUACGGUGAGCUGACCACCGUAGCAUCACUUGCCAGGCACACGCACGGGCGCACGCACAAACACGUGUACGCUCAGACAAAGAGCCUCAUUUUAGACUGUUUGAAUUGUCGGGGCAAGAGCUGCAAGCGAGCGCCUAUUAUGGCAAAGAAAGCGAUGCUGGCAAGAGCACCACGUGUGGCUACCAGGGUUGUCAUUAUUAGGCUGAGUUGACCUAGGGGAGGGUCGUGCCAGGAAAGGAAUCAGUUUCCACUGAGGUGCACAGCCAUAGACAGUGUGCGUACACACUUGCUAACUUAGACGGACAAUCACCUGUCCUCAUUUAAACCCAGAACUAAUAUCAACAGAGCGUAUACAAGUACAGCCCAUGUGUCAGUCCACUGCUGGAAGAGUGCCUUUGCACAGCAUGUGGUUUGUGGGGGUUAUUUGACUAUACUUGACCACGCUGGUCAGUGCAGCCUGUUGAAGGGGGUGAGCAUGGAAAUUCGGGUAUAUUACAGUACAGUACACCAAGGAUUUCCCUGCUGGUUCAAAGUAAAACAAUUGCAUCCCUGAUUCAACACUCGUCCUACCCACACGGCAACUUGAUCUGGCUUGGAACGUUUUUUUGGUCCUACAAACGUGGCACAAAAAGAACAAAAUCGUCAAAAACAAAUGGUUCUGCUGUACCGAUAUUUAAACAAAGAACGAGUUCUUAAAACAACACUUUGGCCCGCACGCUCACGCGGUAGCACUAUUCGCACCUCGCAAGGCGACGGGGUAAAUCGGCACUUGUUUAUUUUUUGGGAACAGUUGCGCUAAUUGCAGACAUGCGGAGGGGCUUGGGGGACCUUGUCUCGUGGUGCCGUUCUGAGAGCGAUCGCGUAAACACUCGCUCCGCACCAACUCAUGGGCAAAAUUCAACCGCUCGCCAGUACGGACAGCUGUUAGGAAAAUAAUACGGCUCGCUGGAGUAGAUGGGUCAACACACACGCGCGCGCACAGACACACAUGGGCAUGCAUUAGCACGCCUAUUAUAUACACAGCAGUGGAAUGGUGUUCACUUAAUUGACUUAGAGAAAAUAUAGCUGUUGAUAUAUUCACUUUUCUCGGCUUCAUUUCAAAAACGUUUUCAGACAAAUGAAAAUACAGUCAUAGAUCACGGAUUCUGAUUAAUGGCAUAAAAUAACAGAAAAGCAUAUGAAGGUUAAACAAAAAAACGUAGCAACUGGCACUUAUCACGGCGUGAAAAAGUUUUUUUUUCCAGCAAUUCAUCAUACGAAGCAAUUUUAUUACUUUCAAGCAAGAGAUGGAUAAAACAAAUGUAGUUGUUUUGCUUCUAACGUGAACCAACAAGCAUCACCUGCAUUAUGGACAACGUCGCUCUUGUUCGACUCAUGGUUUUGGACACGAAGAGAGUCUGCUGAUGACAAUCCAAUUCAAAGCAUUUCAAAUGUUUUGCGAGACAAGGAGACUGUGGAUUUUGCCUCUCACUGCCAUUUGCCUUUAAAAAUACAAGACUUCCUUCACUAAGCAGCCAGCGCCUUUGAGUGUCGCCGCCUUGGCUGAGUCAGGUAAAUAAAAACCUCUACCCCAAAAAGGGAAUUCAACACUGACGAUGCCAACAAAGCAAAAAAAAGAAAGCAAAAAAAAAGCCACGCAUUUUCUCAACCUCACUCUGCUUCUCUCUUUCAUUCUAAGAAGAAUGCCCUUGUCUUUAGCCCGUGGUCGUUGGGAUCACAAUUCUAGACAUUUCCCUUUCAAGAGUUCUGGGGCAUAGAAAUUCCCCCCCACCCCGCCCCCCCUCCGUUUAUAUAUUUAUUUAUCCGCUCCUUUUCUCGCCAUGAGACACAAAAGGGAGCGGGCAGCCGUCUUGGUGUUCAGAUGGUCCCCCCCGAUAUGAAGCAUCAAUGCCCCUGCUUGUGAGAAGGGCACACUGGCAGAGCGCACUUGACUCCGAGUCCCCCGUGGAAAUAGGGGACCCGGCGAUUAAGCGAGAGAGGGGAGCGGGCGAGUAGAAGCGACCCGAAUUUGUUGGGAAAGGGGCCACGCAUGUGUAAUUGGGCGCUCGUGCGCUCACUCGUUCGCUCGCCCAUAAAAAGCAGCGAAGGAGUGCUUUGAAGGAACGUGGCGUCGCAUACCUCGGACUGCGUCGUAAUUUGCUCGCUCGUUCCCCCGAGUGGAAGGCACUUCUGAGCUGCGCUGCUGGGAAAUGUGUUGAGGUUUCAGAGCGCAGAUUGGGAAGUGUUGCGCUUAAAACUGGAUUUGUAAAAAUGGCAACAGAGGAUUUAAAAUAAAAAGAAAGCACCUGCAGAAGUUGUCUUACAUUCGAGUGUGUCUUAAAUCUGAGGCUCAGGCGUAGCUGUGUCAACGGCAUCAUUUCAAAGGCUAUAAAAAGUUGAUUUUGUACAGAAAAGUAUUUACUAUGAAUGGGUUUAUAUGUUUUGAGAGCAAAAGGGGUUUCUGAGCCACCCUACUUACAUUUCUUAUUGAAAACGUGUUAUGUGUUAUCUUCCAAAGUAAUCACAUUUGUAGAGCAUACGAUUAUAAUUCAAUUGGUGCAUGUUUAUUCUUCUCAAUGCAGUGCUGAAUCAGAUUUGUUUUUAAAAAUGCUUUAGAAAUAUGUAUGAUGGUGGUUUAAGGUUAACCUGCACUUUAAGUUGUGAAUUGUUGUGAAAGAAUGACAGAUCAUCACUGAAAGUUUUAGAGUGGUACAGGUAAUAUCUGGCAACUUCUCCGCGAAGUGACAUCACAGCUGUGCAAAGGAGUCUGGGUGUUUUCAAGAUGGCAGCGACCAGUCUACUAUGGGCUGUGGAACGGCAUUGCAUAAUGAAGUUUCUAGUGAAGAAGGCUGUAAAAAGAGCUGAAAUGUGCAGCAGUAGGUUUGCCCUACAGAUCGGUGAUGCGUGUCUCUCGCGCAACACCGCAUUUGAGCAGUGCAAAAAGGUUUAAUGAGAGUCUGCACAAAAUGGAAAAUAUGUGAAAGCACAUGUCCUGAAAUGGCUGCAUGUCUGACCUAAAUGAUUCUAUGCCUCUGGCAUGAAGGCAUUAUAACACCGGUGGGACAAAUACGUGUGUGUAUCAGGGGAUUGCUUUGAAAUAUAGGACAAGCGUUAGACUUCACUUUACUUUAAAACUUUCUAAAACUUAAGUUCAGUUUCACCUUGAACCACCCUUGUAUGUUGCAAAAAUCCCCUUUCAAACAUUUUUUUUAUUAUUAUACCAAGCUCGCAAAAUCCUACAGGACCAUAAAUAUACAAAAAAAAAUCACACGUGUUAUUCUCAGAACUCCUUAACGUUUUGUUCCACUUUCGUAAAGAAUAAAAUAAUCUUUUAAAAGUUAAUUAAAUGAGGAUUCCUGUAGAAUUUUACAAGCUGUUGUGAGCAAAAGCAAACCAAAUGGUGCCGAGAAUGAAAAACAACACCGCCGGUUAUAUAUUAUAUUGCACAAGUUGCCGAUGUGCUGUUGGGUUAUACGGCACGACGUCCGAAGUUUCGGUCCACGUUCUGGGAGCUUCUUCAGCAACUUAAUCCCAUUGCUGGGAGCUUGUUCCAAAACAUACUAUUACCUUGUUACUGUCAGUGCCAGCAUUUCAGUUGGGGUCUUUUUUUUUAAGCGCUGGGGGAAAAAAGAUCAGGCUACGUUUUAACAUCACUGAAAUAUGGAGAGUCGUUCGUAAAACGACAAUCCCAGGACUCACUGACAGCCGCACAAGCUAUCCUUCCUGGAUAAGCUGCCCGUGACGUGGACAGAAACGUCGGACGUGCCGAACAACACGCGGCACGACCCGAACAACACAUCGGAGAGAGAUGCACAAGUACAGCUGCGAAAACCCACGCGGGAGUUAUAUAUUUUACAAAUGUCCGCAGUUCCCGAUGGAGCAUGUGUGUGGGCAGAGGCACCUGAGGUGUCUGUCGAGGAGACUGAGCAUCAAAAGCUCCCAAAUCCUCAACAUAGAUUCUCCCCGAAUGUGUUUUAUUGGCAAAUUAGUGCACUAAUGUUGGCAUGCCGACAAUCAAGCCAGGGCCGUCUUGCCCCUUCAGCUAUGUUUUAAUAUCUUGAAACAUAGCUAUGAUAUCCCUGUGCCCCCGAACGCGCGUGUACAAAAUAAUAAUAUACGACUUGUAAUUCUAUACAGAUGUUUAAUGUUUAUAGCUAUAUCUGUAUUUAUUUUACUAAAGCGAGAUAUAUUAAGAUAUUGCAUUUUCUGGAAAAGCAAGGAAGAAAUAUGUCAAUAGUGUCCUUUUUUGUGCAUUUGUUUAACUGAAGUAUUUUGCUUAGGCAAUUUGAAGGAUUAUUUCAUAACUCGUGGGUGUUGUUAAAGAUGUUGUAAACCUCAUACACAAUGUAUUAACUGCUAAGCACAAGAUAAUUUUCUCGAGGGGGCUUUUCUCGAUUCCCCUCUGGUUGGAGGCCCUUCUGCCAGCAGUGGCGUGAGCAGACCAUUGCAGGGCUGCACCUUUACCUUUGUACACACCAAAAGACGCCACACUCCGUGGUGUACUAAGCAUCGUGAACAUAUUUCUAUGCAGGCAUCCAAAAUUCUCAUUGUGGCCUUUAUCAAUAAUUUAAAACGAGCAAUAAAACCAGCAAUAUAGAAAUGCAUAUUACCAUGAAACCACUUUUAGACUAUAAAAUAGUAUAUAUUAUACAGUAUAUCAAGCAAAAAAAACAUCUUACUGAAAAUGCCUUACUGCAUUGCAUCAGAAUGCCGAGUGGUUUAUUUAGACCAUUGAUGAUAAAUGAUCUUUACUUUUUGAAUAAUGAUUUUAAAUGUAAGCAGUUUCUCCUGAACCAGAUGGAUUAUUACGUCUGUUUAAUUUGCAGUCAAGUUACAUUUGUAAAUAAAUUAUGUGCCAAGAUGA